GUAGUUCAAGUCAGGGGUUUCCUACUCUGUCGGCACACUCGGUACGAUAUUUCAAGCGCUAACAUCUCAAAAAUCCGUCGCGGUACGAUGACGACUAAAUGUGAAGCAUCGGUUCCCUGCACCAUGCUCCUGUAAAGAUUUGCAACAGCAACCAUGGCGACGAAUCAUUUGAGCCGACUGCAUCCGCUGCUCUGUCAGUCCUUGCGAUCGCUCCGGUGUGCCCCCGCCAUCCCCGCGACGCUCAGCGCCCCACCUUUGUUCCGAAAUGGCCCGUGCCAGCCUGCCGCGUGCGUGCGGCUCUAUGCCACCAAGAAGGCUAAAGCCAAGACAAAGGGACAAGCGGCCAAGGUGAAUAUUAGCGCCGCUCUGGUGGAAGACAUCAUCAGUCUGGAGGAAGUGAAGGACGACAUGGCGGCUGUUCUCAAUGCGCUCAAAGAUGACUUCACACGUAACCUCAGCAUCAGAACCUCACCCGGAGCUCUGGACCACAUUGUGGUGUCAACGCCAGAUGGGAAGUUCCCUCUCAACCAGCUGGGCCAAGUCUCCAUGAAAUCCCCUCAGCUCAUUCUGGUCAAUAUGAGCAGCUACCCCGAGGCGACGGCAGCAGCUACCCGUGCCCUGAGAGAGAGUAGCAUGAACCUCAACCCUGAGGCGGACGGGACAAUCAUCAAGGUGCCUGUUCCGAAAGUGACACGUGAGCACAGAGAGAACCUCGCCAAAACGGCCAAGCAGUUCAGCAACAAGGCCAAAGACUCCCUGAGGAGAGUGCGCUCAAACGCUGUGGCGCAAGUGAAAAAGGCCAAGGAGGGACACUCCGAGGACACCAUCCGCCUCGUCGAGAAACAGAUUCAGCAAAUGGCCGACGGCAUCGUCGCAGACAUCGACAAACAACUCGCAGCCAAGACCAAAGAGCUGCUCGGUUGAACGUGAGGAGACGCGUGAGCAUCUGUUCGAUUCAAUACCUCGGCGUCUUUCAUACGGCAACACAAACUCAAUGGCAAUAGGUUUUGGGACUCCAAAACCGUGCGGUUCUGGACUACAACUUCCCUGACGGUGGCACAGAUGUGAAAUGAAAUGAAAAUGGCUCUCAAAAAACAAUUAUCGUUUCUGUGUGACAGCUUGAAAACGUAACAAAUUAAUUCGGGGCCUGGUUUUGACAUGCGCACGACGACCAUUCACCAAACUCCAUUUACACUCGUCGCCAAGUUCCGAAUUUAAGUCUUUCCGCUCGGAACGUCUUGGAGGUCUCGUAGUGGCAACGGACCGCUGUCGGGCGUCGUCGUGGUAACGUCAUGUCAAAAUGCGAGCAGCAUAUUCCCAUUCUCAUUCGUCCUUUAAACUAUUGCAGCUCAUGGGGAUCAUUUUGACAGUGUUUACGGGGUCGUUGUGUAAUUGCGGCCCAGGAGGUUUUCUUUACAUUGUUGCCACAUCACGAGCAAUGAUGCACAAACAACGAACAAACAAAACCAGAAAAA